AAAUAAAAUGGGUCAUUGUAUUUUUAGUGGCGUGGAUGGGCCCGGCCAACACAUGACUGGGGCUUUUCACGCCUACAAAUUCAGCCCUCUCCCCCACCUCCCUCUUAUCCCCGCAUGCAUAACUUGCCCUUUCUUUGCUCUCUCUCUCUCUCUCUCUCUUUAUUACUACGUUCUUGCCCUUUGUUUUCCAUUUCCUACCUUUCAUUACUACUCUCUCUCUCUCUACCUGUCCUUUUGUUUUGCUUUCGUUGUUUGAAGGUGAAAUUUAACCCCCCUCUCUCUCUAUAGUUGCUUGAGGCAAAAUUUGUUAAUCUGCAUUUUGGCAACUAGCCCCUCCCUCAAUGUAUUUGUUUGAAAUUUGAAGGCAAAUUAUGUCCCUCUCCACUUGGGUCUCUCUCUCUUAAUCCCUCCACUUCUUUGAAGCAAAACUUUGUCCCCAGCAUUUGGCUCUCUCUCUCUCUCUCUCUCUACUUCUAAGCUAAAUUUCAAUCCCUCUCUCUCUCUCCCUAAAAAUGUCAGGAGCAUGCCAAACCCUCCACUCUUUCCAGGAUCCAAGACUCAAUGAUCCCCCAGGAAUAGGCUCCCUCCUCCUUGGCCCCUACCAUACCAAAUCUAACUCUAACCCUCUCUUUCUCUCUCCAAAACCAAGUCCCCCAAUUCUCUCUCCUCCAACUUUCUCUCUCUAUCCACCACUACCUCAUUCACUCGAAACCAAAACCACAGAAGAAACCAGUGAAUCACAAACCUCUGUUUGGAAGCACCCAGCACAAACUUCUCUCUCUAAAUUGAGCACCAAGAGCCUCGAAUUGUGCACAGAGAGCUUAGGCAGCGAAACUGGAACCAGGUGCGGAGAAGAUUGGCUUGAAGGCGAGGAAAUGAGAAGAGAGAGAAAAGCAGUGAGUUACAGGAGACUGGCCUCCUCGAAAAAUGGCGCUCGCCUAUUUCCGCCUCCUCUUCCUUCGAUUGCAGGCCAAAAUGGCCCCUGUCUCCAUGUGAAAUCACAUAGGAAAGAUGGGCGUUUGGUAAUGAAAGCUGUGAUGGUUCGUUCUCAAUCUUACUUGCUCGCAGAGAGAGAAGGCGGUCGUCUCCGGCUCCGCUUCAUGGCUUCGAAUUAUCGAGAGACGGAAGGUGUAGAGAGAGAAAGUGAGGAGGACUCGCGUUUGGAAACAGGGGAGGUACGGAGAGAAAGCGCGGAAUCGAGAUGCGGGUCGGGUGUUGGUGCGGGGGGAGAGGGACAGCUAGAGAGAGAAAGCGAGGGAUUGAGCUCCGGAUCGUGGGGUGGUGAGGAAGAAGAAGAAGAGAGAGAAAAUGGUUCUGAAGAUGAAGAGUGGGGGAUGCGUGUUAAUGAGGUGGUGAAUCCAAUUCAGCUGAGGCCCAGUCGAUGUAAAGAGGGGAAGGGCCCGUUGAUAUGGGAGCCUUUUUGUGUUGCAUCUUCUUAACUCUCUCUCUCUCUCCUCUUUUUCACUCUCUAAUUUUCUCUCUCAUUGUUCCCUACACACUUGUUCUCCAUCAACGUCCACCAAUGUGUUUACCGUAAUAUCUUAAAAUCUUUUCAUGCUCCUUCUCUCUCAACUUCUCACUCUCUCCCAUCUGCUCUCCUCAAAUAUUCGUACAUUUCGGGAACGCCUCUCUCUUCCCCUCAUUCGUACUCUCUCUCUCUCUCUCUCUCUCUCUCUCUGUGAACAACGAAAGGUUGAUGCCCUAAAAAUGAUUCUCUCUCUACCUUAUUGGUUCUCUGUCUCUCUCCGUGACGUUCUGGUUAUGUACCAUUGGUACGGGGGAGGGCAUGAGUCCUCCCCGCAUUGGCCCCAUCCACCCCAAGUUGCACUGCUCUCCCCACGUGCACCGGCCAGGCGACUGCAUGUGCUCUCUCUCUCUCUCUCUUGCGUAGCCCCUUGUCGGGCUUACGUGAAUAUGAGUGAGUGGCCACUUUAUCACUUGGAGUUCGCUGAUUCUUUCUUGUAAGAGAGAGAAGAAGGUGGUGAUGUCGGGGAUUGGAUGGCCGUAGCUUUUGGACGGUGCCUUGUCCCACUUAAUGAUUAAGGCGUUUCUCUCUCAUCCCUUUUUUUUUUCCUUUCUUUCUUAUUAUUAUUAUUUUCUUUUUUUUAUAUUGCUAUGCGAAGGUGAGCAGAUUGUGGCGUCGCACAAAUGUGUUUUUGGACUGGCUGCGAGCUUCGGAUGCCCACAACCAGUUUCCAUCACUUAAACUAAGCUUCUUCAAUUUCAUCAAUCUCUCUCUUUCUCUCUCUCAAAUUUAGGGUUGUUUUUGUAAUCUCUCUCUUUGGAAUCAUGUUAAAUGGAUUGAAUCUGUCCUGUGUACCUGGAUAUCUUUCUAUAGAUGCAGGAACACUUAUGUCACUUGAAACAUCAAUCUAGAUCCGUGGUUUUUUGC